GUAUUACACUGAAUUGAAUAAGCAUUUGGAGUCCGACCUCUGUUGUAUACCAGAAUACCUCAUUAAAUGGUCCUAGGAGGAGGGUAAUUUUUCUUCCUCCCCAAGCCACUCUCACUGUUCUCUCUCUCUCUCUCUCUCUCUCUCUCUCUCUCUCUAAUGGCUUGAAAUUUAAUCUGAGAAGAAGCUCCGUUUUCCAAUUUCUGUCAUUUUUCCGGCGCGUUCUACUCUGUUCCUGAGGAAGAGGGUGCUAAAUAUAAUGAGUUCAUGGAAAGGGGGUGGAAAGCCAUUUGUUGCUGGUACUUCUCACUCAUCAUCCAAGUUCAGUGGCAUACCUGAGAGCUUGAGUCCAAAGGUGGAUCAAUUGACAGAUGCUGUAGCUGACGUGAGCUUAGAGGGUGGCGAAUGGGAGGUUUGCACAAGGAAGGCCAAAAAUAGAGGUUUUGGAGGCGGCGCUGGAAAACCAUGGCCUUCUCAGAGUUCCGGUGCUAAAGUAUGGGGACAUCCUGCUGCUGUCCAAGAGCUGGGUGGCGUGCAGAUUAGUGGUGGACCGGGUACGGUUCCUCCUGGCAAUAGCUGGCCAACACUUGAUGCUGGUUCGAGAAGGCCUCCGGGGAGAGGAAAUAAUUCAAGGCCCCAAUCAGCUGGUAGAGGUUUUGUGAGCAACAGCAACACCCCUUCCCCACGAGCAAUCCCUCUUCCUUUGGAGCACGGGUGGAAUUGGCCUACGAGAGCUGCUGCCAGUAGUCAGUCUUCAGAAGAUGCUACAGGACAAAGAGAUACCACCAUACACUUGGACGACCCCACUCCUGUUGAUGACGACGAUGGCAAGAUUGAAAAUGAUGAUGACUCAGAUGAUACAGAUGAUGAACUAUUAACUGACGAAUAUGAUUCUGAUGUGAGUGAAAAAAGCCAUGACUCCCGCAAGAAUAGUAAGUGGUUCAAGGUUUUUUUUGAAAACUUGGACAAACUAAGUUUGGAUGAUAUCCAUGGUCCAGCAAGACAGUGGCAUUGCCCAGCAUGCAAAGGGGGUCCUGGAGAAAUUGACUGGUAUCGAGGUCUGCAGCCACUCAUGACGCAUGCCAAAACAAAAGGAUCAAAGAGGGUGAAGCUGCAUAGAGGUUUUGCAGAACUUUUGGACGAAGAGCUCCGCAGGCGGGGUACUUCAGUCAUACCGGCUGGUGAAACAUUUGGUAAGUGGAAGGGUCUUGAUGAAAUGGUCAAAGAUCGCUCUAUUGUUUGGCCGCCAAUGGUUGUCAUUAUGAACACAAGGCUUGAGCAGGAUGAAAAUGACAAGUGGCUUGGCAUGGGAAAUCAAGAGCUUCUUGAUUCCUUUAGUUCAUACUCUGCAGUGAAGGCUCGACAUGCCUAUGGCCCACAGGGGCACCGAGGGAUGAGUGUUUUGAUUUUUGAAAACUCGGCAAUGGGCUUUUUAGAGGCCGAACGUCUUCAUAACCAUUUCCAGGAACAAGGAACCGAUAGGGACGCUUGGGACCGUCGUCCAGUCCUAUUCUAUCCUGGUGGAAAGCGCCAACUUUAUGGCUACAUGGCAGAGAAACAAGACCUGGAUCUUUUUAAUAAGCACUGCCAUGGCAACAAAGCUGCCCGACUGAAGUUUGAGACUAGGUCAUAUCAGGAGAUGGUUGUGAACCAAAUGCGACAAAUGAGUGAAGAUAACCAGCAGUUGAUCUGGUUUAAGGAUAAAGUGGCUAAAGAGCAAAGACGUUCAAAAGCUCUUGAAGAGUCUUUUGAGGUAGUAUCUGAGAAGUUGCGCAAGACCGUGGAGGAAAACCGCAUUGUCAGGCAAAGGAGCAAAAUGCAUCAUGAGCAGAACAAGGAAGAGAUGGACUUUCAAGAACAAUUCUUCAAAGACCAGCUUGAAACCAUCCAUAAAACUAGGGAUGCAAAGGAAGACGAGUUUGAGAAGAUUCAGCAGGAGGAGCGAGAGAAGAAGAAACAAUCAAAUACACAUGUUUCUGCUAAGGGGGAUCGUAGCCGCAGGGAGGAAGAUUUUGCAAAGUUUGUCAAGUCUCAGGACAAAGAGAUGGAGGAAUUUGUGUCUGAGAGGGAGAAGUUGGUGAAAGCUUAUGAAGACAACAAAAUCUCAAUGAAGCAGAGGCAUUUUAAGGAAGAGGUUCAGCUGGAGAAGGAUUUUGAUACUGCCCUUAACCAGCUAAUGAACAAGUACAGUCCACACCGCUCGGAGGAAGAAGGCAACAUCAGUGAUCAGUAAUUGAGAUUGAAGGGGGAGACUUGUAACUCUCAACUUAUGGUUAAACAAUAUUAUCGUACUUUUUUUCUACUCCUUGUGCUUUAUCACAAUCAGCAGUAACAGUUCCGAAAAGCAAAGUAAAAAGAAGUUAUGGAAGACAGUGUUCUCCAUGGACUGGCUUACUGUUUUACUUCUUCUCUACAUAUAAGGUUUUAUGGUGUC